AUAAUAUUCCAUUCAGAUCAAAAUACAAGGUAUACCACAACUAGACCAGUACCCAUGAGUUCCUUUUGGAUCUCUGCGCGCUGCUAGAAGUAGCAAGAUGCCAAAUAUAUUACCAUUGCCUCGCCCCACAUCCACAACUCUCCGCUCUUCCAUCAUCCUCCCCAGCCUCGCCCAGAUUUUCUCUGAGCUACUUCAAAAUUCUUUGGAUGCUGAAGCUACCAAAAUCGAAUGCUAUGUGAACUUGGCCAAAGGGAAUGAAACUCUGAGAGUGGAGGAUAACGGCACCGGUAUCAGCAAGAAUGGGCUAGCAAAGAUAGGAAAGAGGUUUAGGACGAGUAAAGAAAUACACGAGGGAGGAUUGGGGCCAGUAGGAUCUUACGGAUUCCGUGGAGAAGCCUUAGCAUCUAUAGCUUCACUUUCCCUUCUAGAUAUUACUACACGCAGAGCUUCGUUUCCAGUUUAUACCAAAAUUCUCAGACAUUCGAAAACACUAUUCGAAGGCCCCAAUCCUGAUAGGCAUAUUGCAGGCGGCCAAGGUACUACAGUUGUAGUUCGCGAGAUCUUUCGUACCAUCCCCGUUAGAAGAGAAGAGCUGGCGGCGACAAGUAGCACGCUUUUAAUGAGCCAAUUGAAAAAGGUUGUUGAAACGCUAGCACUAGGAAAUCCAGGCGUCCGAUGGGUAUUAUGGGAGGAGAAGACUACGACUACUGGGGGCUUGAAACGAAUCAUGAGUAUCAAUGCGUCUGAUUCUGCGUUGGACGUGUUCAAAACCCUAUACGGAGGCGCCCUUGUUCAGAGCGUCCAAAAGAUUAAAGUAACCGCUGGGAAAAGAAAAGUGGACGGUUUUAUCAGUAUCUCGGGAGAUGUCUCAAAAGCUCAUCAACAUCUUUAUAUCAAUAACUAUCCAAUCGAUCGCGGAGAUGUACAUACGGCGAUUGCUAAGAAGUUCGCCAGUAGCAAAUUCGCUAAUCUAGCAUCUGCCGGUCAGCAUGACGAGGAUGAAGAUUAUCACCCUUCUGGGCGACGUUCUCCUAGAAGACUUGAAAGAUAUCCUGUAUAUGUACUGAACGUAACUUUGUCGGCCGGUGAAUUAGACGUUUCCUAUGAGCCUCAGAAAGGUGUUCUGGGAUACAAGGAUAUCGAGUCUCUGAAGACAAUGUUAUUGGCUGUUGUAGACGAAUUCCUUCGUCGAAAUGGAUUUGGCCCAGCACAUACCCCCUCUUCGAUGUCAAGCCCUACCAAACGUCCUGUAUCGCAUGUUUCUCAACCCGUUGGCCGCCUUGCAUCUGCACUCGGGAGGCCAUCGCCUCUGUCACUGUCUUCUUUGCGCACCAAUACGCCUGUUCCUCGACCCAUGUCGCUUGCUCUUCCUUCAAAGGAUAGUCCGAAGAGAGUUGCAUCCCAUUUAUCAGAGGAAGCGCCGGAUUCCACGAAACGGCGACGACUGAUGUCUCCCGAGAAGACUAUUACGCCUCGUAUUAGCGAAAGAGGCACUAGAAAAUCCAAGUGGAUCGACGAUCUCUUGGCCAAAUUGAAUACUGGUGUUUUUCCUCUAUCCCCCCAUACUUUUCGAACAACGGAUCAUGAACACGACUUUACAGGCGAUGACGUAGCGUCUAUGGCUGGCUGCUCAUAUGAGCCUACUAAUCCGGUGUCAUUACCUUCUCCAUUUCCGUUCACUACCGAUGUGCAAAUCUCGAAAUCAUCCCUCUCUAAUGCAACUGUUCUAGGUCAAGUUGAUCGAAAAUUCAUCGCUGUCGUCCUUAGUACCAAUAUUAAUUUGACGACCUUGGCUUUGAUCGAUCAACACGCCGCUGAUGAGCGGGUGGCAGUGGAGAAAGUUCUUCUGGAACUUUGUGAAGGGUUUGCAAAAGAUGAUUUGUUGGUGGCGGAGCUCGCUAAGACUCGACCGAUGAUUAUUCUCACUCAAGCGGAAGCCCAGAUCCUCUCCCAGCCUUGGGUACUGUCAUUGUUCAAGAGAUGGGGCAUUCGCCUCACCAUGCCUCCUGGACUUUCUCAUGGGGAGUAUAUUCAAGUCAAAGUCGAAACCGUUCCUUUAAGUCUGUUGAGCAGACUGGGUAGAAAGGAAGGUUCAGAAAUGACAAGACUUGUAAGAGGUUAUUUACCAAUCGUGGCGGAACAUGCGAGCGAAAUAACCGUUCUUGUCGAAAAUCUCGAAGGCAAAGCAAUGGAAGAUAACGAAGGUGGGGACACCGAGGGAUAUGGGGGAGACUGGGGCAGACUGAUGAGGUUUAUGCCCCGUGAGAUGCUGGAGCUAGCAAAUUCAAAAGCAUGCCGAGGUGCCAUCAUGUUUGAGGAUCGCCUAUCGCAUGAUCAAUGCGACCGCCUUAUACAGCAGCUAUCCCAGACAAGAUUUCCAUUCAUGUGCGCCCAUGGACGGCCAUCGAUGGUACCACUUGUCAUUUUGAAUGAACAGCAAGACAAGCCCGUCACUAAAGCCAAGCGGAAGAUAAACUGGGAUAAUCUUCGAAACAAAACGUACGAAGGCAAUAUGGACGGCGAGAAUGAUGAGUAGUCCAGUUACUAUAAGUUCAAUCCACCGUCAUCUGCAGAGCAAGCGAGACAGCUGUAUAAAUAAAUCAUU